CGCUAGUUGGUGCUGGAGGAGCUCAAGGAGGCGGGGCCUGGAGCCCCCUCGCUGCUAAUAGGAUCCCCUUGGCCAGCCCCUGCCUCCGAACUGCCCUGUCCUUUCCAAACGAAGCCCCAGGCCCUUCUCUCGGUGCUGACCUUUCCCUGUAGAGACUUAAAGAUCUUUACAAUUUCAGUUCUAGAGCUCCAAUGGGGGCACCGCCAAGGACAAGCUUGCAACUUGACUGGAAACUGGAUUGCGGAGAGGAGCAGGGAUCACCCCUCGGACAUCAGCCAACUCGAACUCAGGCCUCCUGGGCUUAACGCCAAGGGGCGGAGACUUGGCUGCGACCAGGGGAAAGCUGCCAGCCAACUGUGUACCAUCUGCCGGGCUCCCGAUGGCCGUGGGAGGUUCAACUAGCCAUUUCCUGCAGCUGUCACCAGCUGUGCCGCCGCCACCCCGGGGUACCCUCGGCCAGUGGACGGGAGGAACUACAACUCCCAGCAGAUCGCGGGACAUAACGAGCAAGCCUAAGAAGUGCCGUUCGCCAGCUCCUACUGGUCCACACGAGAAGCUGCACACACCUGCGGGUACGGCCGCUCACGCCUUUGGCACGCAGGAAGGAGAACUACAAUCUCGGAGGCCCCCGCGGCAAGGGGGUUAGAGAAACUACAUUUCCCAGAAGUCUCCGUUCCGCAGCUGCGGAGCCUGUGGUUUUCGGAAUAGCUGACUCGGACGGGCCGCGUGAUCCGAGGGUAGACAUGGCUCUCUUGGGCAGAUCCCUGAGUCGCCAGUUGGGUCCCGUCAGUAGGGCUAUACAGGAUGUCAGGCGGCUCCAGCCCCAGACCUUGUUGCGGCUACCCGAUGCCUGGGGACUCCCCACCACGCAGCCGAGCCGGGGCAAGGCACGCGGGAACGAGUACCAGCCGAGCAACAUCAAACGCAAGCACAAGCACGGCUGGAUCAAGCGCUUGAGCACACCGGCCGGUGUCCAGGUCAUCCUUCGCCGCAUGCUCAAGGGCCGGAAAUCGCUGAGCCAUUGAGUGCGACGCUGCCUCUGAGACUGCCCCCUCCCAUUAAAGCCUUUCCCUCGCUUCA